AUGCGGAGGUCCCUCAGCUGUCCCGGGAGGCCCCCGACGCCCAGGGCCCGGCUCGGGCCCUGUCGCCACCGCCAGGCCACCGUGGUCCCCGGCCGGCUGCUGCUGCUGCUGCUGCUGCUGGCUCUGCCCCCCGGCACGACAGGGGCCAAGGACUGCAUGUUCUGUGAGCUGACCGACUCCUCCGACUGCCCCGGCAUCCCCAUGACCUGUGGCGACGACGAGGAGUGCUUCCUGGGCCAGGGGACAGCCCCCGACCUCGGCCCCGUCAUCAACAAAGGCUGCCAGGAAUCCACGAAGUGUGGCCGCCAGGAGCCGGUCACCUACCAGGGCGUCACCUACAGCCUCACCUCCAAAUGCUGCGAAGGCAACCUGUGCAACGGGGCCCCCACUCCCGCAGGCGGCCUGCGGGCGGGGGCCACCACGGGCCUGGCGCUGGGCGCCCUGCGGCUGCUUCACGGACCGUGACCAGCGCGGAGGGCAGGACCCGGGA